UGACUUCAUGACGGCCGCAACGUCGGCAUAUCCAUCCGUCAGUAAAAAUUAGUCUAAUGUUGAUUUGCUAUUUAUUUUGCCUGAAAAUAUAAAAAAAUUGAUUUAGUGUCGUGCAUCAAGUGCUUAAACAAUGGGUGAUCGUGAUAAAACCAUGUAUGGGACGACGCUUUCCCUAGAAUCGAUUAAGGUAAUCGCGGAAAGUAUUGGCGUCGGUAGUCUCCCUGAUGACGCCGCGAAGGAGUUGGCCGACGACGUUUCCUUCAAGUUGAAACAAAUUGUCCAGGAUGCAGCUAAAUUCAUGCACCAUUCCAAGCGGAUGAAGAUGUCCAUAGCCGAUAUUGACCACUCGUUGAAGGUCCGCAACAUCGAGCCACAGUACGGGUUUGUGUCGCCAGAUUUCAUCCCUUUUCGAUUUGCUUCCGGUGGUGGCCGGGAGCUGCACUUCAUUGAAGAGAAGGAAAUUGAUCUGGCGGAUGUUAUCCAAACUGCUCCCCCGAAAAUUCCGUUGGAUAUAACCUUGCGAGCGCAUUGGCUUUGCGUGGACGGUAUUCAACCUACCAUUCCGGAGAAUCCUCCACCGCUAUCGAAGGAUCUGCAAGCACUGGAUUCUGUGAAUCCAGUCAACAAACUCGACAGGGCACACCUGAAGGAUACUACCGGAAAACCGGCCAUAAAAGCCCAAAAAUUGAAAAACGUUGAAACGGUUCACGUCAAGCAGCUGGCUACCCACGAAUUGUCCGUGGAGCAGCAACUGUACUACAAGGAGAUAACCGAGGCUUGCGUGGGAUCGGAUGAAGCACGCAGAGCGGAAGCCCUACAGUCGUUGGCCUGUGAUCCAGGGCUGCACGAAAUGCUUCCUCGAAUGUGCACAUUCAUCGCCGAGGGUGUGAAGGUGAACGUAGUGCAGAAUAAUUUGGCGCUUCUGAUCUACCUAAUGCGGAUGGUCAGGGCUUUACUGGACAACCCAGCUUUGUAUUUGGAGAAAUAUCUUCACGAGCUGAUUCCCUCGGUGUCGACGUGCAUCGUUUCAAGGCAGCUAUGCAUGCGUCCAGAAUUGGACAACCAUUGGGCGCUUCGAGAUUUCGCCGCCCGUUUGAUGGCUCAGAUCUGCAAAAACUUCAACACAUCAACCAACAAUUUGCAAACCCGUGUAACCAGGUUGUUCAGCGCGGCCUUACAGAACGACAAAACUCCUCUGUCAUCGUUGUACGGUGCUUUGGAGGGCCUAUCGGAGCUUGGAACCGAAGUUAUCAAAGUAUUCAUCAUACCUCGGCUUAAGUUUAUCUCCGACCGGGUGGAAGUGCACUUGCAAGGGUCGAACAUUAGUGCCACCGACAAGAUUGCCGCAGGGCAUAUCCGAGCAAUGCUCCAGAAGGCGUGCUCUCCCGUUCUGAAAACUCUUCGAAAUCAGCCGGAUGUCGUUGAAGAGUACAAAAAAGAUUAUGGCUUCCUUGGGCCAACUUUGCAUCAAGGGGUCAUCAAGGCACGAACGGCUCCUCCACCUACUCCAGCGAGCACCAGCGCAAGUGCAUCGGCGGCAAAUGUUUCGAUCGUUACGACCGCAUCCAAUAUGCCUGCUCGGCCACAAACACCUCUGGCUGGUGUUAGCAAACCACUGUCUUCGAUCAGCUCAGGUCCGCUUCAGAGAUCAUCGUCGCAGUCCGGGCCAUCCGCAGGAGGGCAGCAACAAAAGUUUGUCAUCGUUAACCAACGUCAGCAAACACCGUCUCCUUCGCAAGAUGAUUUUGUAGGUAUAAUACAACAGAGUCAACGUUCCGCUAGCACCAGCGGCGCUGCUCAAACAGGAUUAAUCAAAAUCGAACCACAGUCACCGCAAAAACUGGUACUCAUCAAUCAAUCAUCCGGACAGCAGGGACCGGCAGCCAACGUGAUCACCAAGCCGCUAUUUGUUGGUGCUAGCAGUUCCGGAAACGGAGGUUCACAUCUGCCUCCAGAGCUAGAUGACCUUUCCCAUUUGGCGUGAGGUAAGUAAAUUUUUAAUUGUGUUGGAUGUGUUAAGACCAAGUGUUAAGAAGCGAUAAGUUAAGGUGAUCUUCGUCAAGCAUAUUCUUAAAAUAGAAUAAAGAUUGUAUCUGAGCUUUUCGAAAAA